AAAAAAUUCAAGUUUGUGCCUGAAAAAUGAAGGAAAUUGAUGAAUUUUUAACAAUAUUUAAGUAUUACAAGGCAAAUAAACCUAAACCUUCAUCGCAGAAUGUAAUAACAGUUGAAGAUGAGCGCCAUUACGAUAAAGUAAUUAGAUUUGCUUUAAAACAGAGCGAUGAUGCUAGAACACAGAGACUGGGUCUUAAGAAAAUGGAAAAAUGGCAUGUCUACACUUUCCAAUCUCACCCUGGAUUAUAUCUUAUUAGAAAUCCGUUUACUAGCCUAGGACAACGUUAUUGGAUCAGAAAAUGCUUAGAAGAUUACCCAAGAAAGCCAAAUAGGACAAACAUUGACAAUGAAAUUAAUUUGGAAGACUGGUGGCAGGCAUGCUAUGUCGAUGGAGCCUCUGAUCAAACUUUAAUAAAAAAACUUAGAUGGACUACACUAGGAUAUCAUCACAACUGGGAUACAAAGGUUUACAGUGAAGACAAUCAGUCUGCCCUACCACGGGAGUUAGCUGAACUCACAGACGUAGUAGCCUUGUCCUUAGGCUAUUCCACAUUCAAACCUCAAGCCACAAUUGUUAAUUAUUACCACAUGAAAUCUACCUUAUCAGCUCACACAGACCAUUCUGAAGUUAAUUUAGAGGCACCAUUGUUUUCAUUUAGUUUUGGUCAGUCAGCGAUAUUCCUUAUCGGUGGACAGGAUAAGUCUGUCACACCUACAGCAAUUUUACUCCAAAGUGGUGAUAUCAUGGUAAUGUCUAAGGAAUCACGCCUUUGCUACCAUGCUGUGCCUAAGAUACUGCUUGCGUCAUCAUCACCUUGGAAUGAAGAAGUUAACCACAGUCUUGGUGAAAUUUCAGCAUCUUUCAAAUAUAUUAAUCAGCCUGAAGAAUUAUACUCAAAUAUGAUUAAAAACACUGGUGAUGAAUGGAACAGAUUUAAAGAUUAUGUAAAAGAAUCGAGAAUAAAUAUUAAUGUGAGACAGGUGUUAAAUGAAAGUCAAAAUAGUUUAGCAGGUGUUGUGUUUAAUAGUUGAUACUAAAUA